AAUAAUAUUCAAAUAUAUUGGAUAAGAGAGGAAAUGAAAAGAGGGUUUCCUUAAAAUUUCGAAGAAGUUUCCCAAAAAAAUGUGAUUAAAAGGCAGUGGGUGCUCUUGCAUCAUCCAUCCAUCCAUCCUUCGAUGUAAGAAAAGCAAGCAAUACCAAACCUUUUCUUCUCGACAGAUUAUUCUUCUUCUUAUAUUAUUCUUCUCUCGUGUCGUGCGGAUAGAUAGCUACUAAUGCCAUUGUCUCACACAUUUUUCCAAUUCCAUAUAAUAAUAAUAAUAAUAUUCUGUUUUGUUUUAUUUUAUUUGGUUAAAUCUGUUCCUUAUAUUCCUCUUUGCAUAUAAUUUAUAAUAUAUUUUAUAAAUAAGUGUAAGAUGAUGCUAAAGAUAAAGAUUGUGCAAAGAGUACUAGCAGGAUUAAUGGUUCUGUUGGGAUUAUUGGGCAAUCUGGUGUUGAGGCUGCAGGGGCAGAAACAAAGGCUCCAUCCUCAGAAGCUGCAGAUGAUGAAGAUGAGAUCGGAAUUAGAUUCAUCUUCGGAGAUUGAUGAUGAUGAUGAUGAUGACAAUGACGAUGAGAGGUACGGGUUGAGCUGGAGGCUGGCGGUGGAGACAAACAACAAUGUGGGUUGGAAAACUGUCCCACUUCGUUGCUACAAGCAUGUUGAGAAAUACAUGACUGGUGGACAAUACGAGCAUGACCUGAAUAUGAUUGUGGAUGAAAUUCUGUUGUAUGCAUCUAAGAUUCAACUUGAUGCUACUACUCAUAAUCAUGAUCAAGAUGCGUGGAUUUUGGACGUGGAUGAUACUUGUAUCUCUAACAUUCCUUAUUACAAAGAUAAGCGAUUUGGAUGCGACCCAUUUGAUUCGCCUGUGUUCAAGGAAUGGAUCAACAAGGGAAUGUGCCCUGCAAAUCCUGUGAUACUAAGAUUAUUUAAAACUUUGAUAAAGAAAGGUUUUAAAGUGUUCUUACUAACGGGUAGAUACGAAGAAACACUUGCCAAAAUCACUAUGGACAACUUGCAUAGCCAAGGAUUCAUCGGCUACCAACGCCUUAUUUUGAGGAAUUUGAAAUACAAAGGACAAAGUGCAGUGAAAUACAAGUCAUCUAUUAGGAGGGAGAUUGAAGAGGAAGGAUAUAGAAUAUGGGGAAAUGUAGGAGACCAGUGGACUGAUCUACAAGGAGACUGUUUGGGCAAUCGUACUUUCAAGAUCCCCAAUCCUAUGUAUUGCAUUUCUUGAUAAUUCAUUCAAAUAUUGCAUGUGUCAUACUCAACAAACCAAAUCAUAUCCAAUUUCUCGGAACAGGAUUUCAUGCAGUAAACUUUUCACACAGUUUCACGCUGUGUUAAAUAAGGACCGUUUGAUCUAAUCUGAAUGGUUCAGAUUGAUUUGGACUGAUUUUGUAUAGAUUCAAUAUGAACCGACCGAUCUGAAAUGGACGGAUGAGAUCUAAAACAGCGUGUAACUUUGUGAUUUACAACUGCGGUAAAUCUUGAUCCUAAUUUCUCCACCUUGCGUAAUUUCACUUGUUAUAUCAUAUACAGUACAUAAUAAGUAUAUUAAUCGCAUAUAAAUAUGAUUAUUAAUGCCUGCUUCA